CGCCGCUCGAGCAAAGGCUGCCCGCCGCUCCGUACGGGGCCCAACAAGGUCAAGCGCUGGUGAGGAGGCAGCCCCCGCGUCCCGAGGAAGCGGCCUAUACGCGAGCGUGGGCCUCAGAGCCAGCCCUCCCUUACCAGCGGCUCUGGGCAGCGUUGCCGACGAUGGCCGACGACCGCGGCGAGCCCGGCGCCCUCACGCCGCUGCGGGACCCGGACAUGCCCGCCGAUAUUGAUGAGGCGGCCAAUAUUGAUGCUUCCUCAGUAAACGCCGAGGCGUCCGUGGACAGCCCCGGUUCGACGCUGCGGGCGUCCGCCGCUCAAUUGGCGGAGCCGUCGACGCAGCCGUCGGACACGCUCGAGAUCCAGCCGUCCGUGGCUGCCACAAGUGUGAGCUUCGCGUCUCCCAGUCGCCUCGUGACGACGUCCUACGCGGAGAGCGGCCAAGGGGCUUUAUCUCCCUCCGAUACGGUCUUCAGUGCGGACGCCACGAGUCCGUCCGACACGGUCUACACGCCGGAGCGAGCCACAUCACCGGACACGGUCUUCACAAAUACACCAGAAGAGCGCGCCAAGUCGCCGGACACGGUACUGACCGAGACGCCGGAGAAAAAGGACGACGACACGUUGCACGACUCCUGGACCCAAGAGUCCAUCCCGCAAGACGAGGAUAAGCGACCCUCCUCGAGAGAUAAAGUGAGAAAUGUGGUGCGGAGCGGCCUGAUCAAAGGAGGCUCGUCACCGACGCAUGACCAGGAUGCAGACGACCUCGCGGCGGCCGCGGCGGAAAGAGCAUUGACGCGGGUCGACGACGCCGUCGAGGCGAAGGAACGGGGCAAGAAGGAACGCGAGGACAAGGUGAUCCAGGCGGAACGCGCGGCGGAGCGCGGCCGGACGAAGACGCAGAAGGCGGCGCGGCGGUACUUCAUGUUCCGGAGCCGCAGUCGGUCCGCGUCGCCGGGCUGGAAGCCGCCCCAACUGACGAGGACGAAGAACUCGACGUCGCUCGCGAGGGGCGACAUGUCGCCGGACAAGCCGGCCAAGAAGAAGGCGUCGUCCUGGUUCGGUAAUAAACAGAAGAAGAAGCCCAAGAAGAAGGAAGCGUUUGGUUCACCGCUGUGUGGAAACCAACCAGUGUGUCGGGUGCACCCGAUAAUUCUUCACUAAGUCAUUUCUCGGCGACGACGCGGCCCUGAUGACUGAAUCGAGUCGUGUAAGACCCACACCGCCACGCCAUCGAGGUGGCGUCGCGUCGAUGGCGUAAGGUCAUGAUUCAGCAGUGGCGGAGACGCGCCGCGACAAUUUGAUUUCCACACAGGUUCUCCCCCCAAAAAGCAAGGUUUUAUGAGCCGCAUGCAGGAGAACUUCGCCGUCCUCAAGGAAAACGACACCGUUGUUGUUGUCCAGGCGUGGGACUCGGUCGAGAUUUGCAUUGAUGUCCUGAAGCCCUGCAAAGUGGCUGUUUUACGACAAAAAGUACGGCAGUUCAUCGCGAAGCGGGACGACAUCAUGCCGGAGGUCGAGAAACACGAGCACUUGAGGCAUCGCUAUGUAUUACUAUUUCAGGGCCAGAUGUUACAAGAUGAUGACAUAGUGCCGAAGGGCGUCUACGGUGAAGUUUCACAGGAUGAGUGGCCGAACAAGGUCUACGUGGCUCGUUCUAAAUAUAGGCCGCCCUUCGAGGAAUCGGAGAUAGAUGUGGAUAGUCUGCCGUCGGAGUGGAGCAUCGGGACCGGUUCCGUGUCCAUCAAACCGUUAGAAUAUGAAGAAGAGGAGCCCGAGAAGGACCAAGACGAGGAGGAGGCCCUACGACGGAGCAUGGAGUCGCAGCGGCGGUCCCAGGAGAUGAGUGCUCGUCGACGGGGCAAGGCCACGAAAAAUAAGAGCGUCGCGUCGAAGAUGCAUCCUCACUCUGCUUCAUUUGACUUGAGGCGGGAGCUCAAACUACUACGGUGUCCGCCGCACAUCAUUGAGAGGUUGUGUAGCUACGGGUAUGAUGACAGGGGUUCCUUCGCGGCGUUGACUGAAGAUGUCCUACUCUCAGCACCGUUGUAUGUGGACAGAAAGACUAGAAGAAAGAUAGUCGCCCUGGCCGAGGUCUACCGGCAGCAGGAUCUGCGGGAUGAAGCGGCGCCGACGAACUACCUCGCCAAGAGAAGCAUCGAAGAGCGGCAAGAUGCGAAAGCGUUCCAGACGGGCGACGAGGAGUUCUUCGGGAAGAAGAGCGAGAUGAACCGGCACUGGGCGAAGAAGGCGUACCAGAAGCAGGACCUGCACGACGUGUCGUCGCUGCAGGAGGGCGGCGUCAGUAUACCGCAGCCGAACGGCGUCGAGCAUGCCGAGGUCAUGCGGCCGUCGGCGUCGAUCGAGCCGGGACCUUUAUUAAAUGAGGUCGACUCGCUUGGAGGGUUCGACUUGCAGCAGUCGACGAUCAUCACCAAGGACCACCCUACAUUAACGGAAGAUGAUCGCUCCGUCUGGUCGCAAUUGAGCGCACCCGCGAAAUACCAGAAAAAGAAGGUCUGGACGGAUCCGCGCUUCAGGCAUGUGGGUAGCAUCGGCAAGUUCGUCCCUUGUUUUGACGAGGACGGCGAGCCGACGCUGCAGGAUCGGAUUGAUAUUCUCUUGCAGCCAGUAGCUGCGGGGUGUAGAGGCGACCACCGCGACUGCGUCGACGCUCUCGUAGAAUUAUUUCUAGAUGUCUUCGCGAAGCACAAGAAGAGGGAUCACAUCCUCCGGGAGUUCUUUCUGGCGAACGACGGCAAGUUACGAGGAUAUGAGUGCAUCGGGACGCGGCCGAUCGCGCCGAAACGGUUCACGUCUGACGUCGAGAAGCUCGGCGGUCCUAGUAUUAAGUUGGACAAGGACGAGGACCGCGAGAAGUCUAUACGCAGAUUUUGUGUUACGUUGUAUCAGAAUAUAGCUGGGAGGCGCAAACCUCCCUCGGGAAGUUUGGAGCAGAAUAAAUUAGCUAAACUGCAGGAGGAGGUCGCGGAGUACGAAGCGGAACUGCCCAAGGAUCCCUUGCAGCGCAUCCGCGAAUCUAUCUUGAGAGAUAGGCCUCCCCGAGGACCGCGGUCGAACCGAACCAAGAGACUCAUCACCGACAUCCAAUCCCAUUCGCGAGUCAUGCUGGACGACGACGACUUGCCCAAUUCGGAAUUGCUAUUAGAUGAGGGCGGUCGAGACCGGCCGCGACGGUACUGCUGCGAGAAGCACGCGUGGCGGGCCCUUGGGCGCGUCGCGGACCUGGCCGAGGCGCAUCGGGACAUGUGCUGUCGGGAGGUGGAGCUGGCGUUGGAUCGGUGUGCUACGUUUUCUCCUUCCCAUGACGAGCUGCGAGAUUUUGUGGGGACGCUACUCGAGCGACGAGCGGUCGUCGAGAGAAAUGGGCAGGCCUGGCGCGACCCCGUGGCCGAUAAAAAGGCGUCGUUGGAGAAGAGUGGCGGGUUGCUGGAGGACGACACGUCGAAGAACAUCAAGGACAUGGCUCAGAGGGCGAGGCAGCUCGUCGCGGCCUGUGUGGAAAUCAACCAGUGCGUCGGGUGCAUUCUCGGCGAUGACGCGGCCGUCCUGGCUCGGUCGAGCGGUGAGGAACCGGCAUGGCAACGCUAUCGAGCAGGCAUCGCGUCGAUGGCGUGGAGGACGACGCGCCGUAAAAUUGUGAUUUCCACACAGGUCGCGGCCGACGAGAGCGCGCAAGACGAGAUGGCAGCCCAUUUAAGGAAGGUCGACAAGGGCGCCCUCGCGCAAGGCGCGGACUUCUACAAGGCCACUUCCGUUGUUCAAGAGAAGGCUACUCGCGUCCCGCGAAUUUUAGAUGAUGACGAGGACCAGCGGAAACAGCUCGUGCGGGACGUGGCGACCUGCCUGAAGUGCGCGGAGCGGCCCGUCGUUCCCGGAAGCCUGCCGGAUGCGUGUACGUACGACCCGGGCACGUUAGCAGGUCGCGUAGGUGCGGUCGCCGCGCGGCUCGUCGUCGAACAAGCCUUACCGCAGGAGCAGGAUGCUGUGUUUGAGCUGCUACGGAGACGGACGGCCGUGGUCCAUGACCCGAAUCGCGAGGACGAUACGAAGGUCAAGCCUACAAGUGGCUCGUACGACGCGUGGGCGAGGCACUGCCGGACGGUGGACAAGUACCUGUACUACCGCGACUCGUUUCAAUUGAAUGACGCGAUGUCGUAUGACGACGACGUGCCGUCUGAGGCUGGGAGUGCGCCGGAGGAGUAAUACUAUGUGUGUGUUUUUUCGUGCGGGUGGCACGCGGCGAUGGUCCGGACGCUCUCCUCCCUCGAGAAGGG